AUGUCUCGCCAGGAGUGUGCCGAAGCGGCGCUCCCAGACCAAACAAACUUUCUGCCCAAGCGAGAGCUCAUAACGGUAUUCUGCACGCUGUCGGUGUGCAUGACGGUGUGCUUCAUCGACCAAAACGGCAUUGGGACGAUGCUGCCGUCGGUGUCGAGAGACCUGCACGCCGAGAACACCAUCAGCUGGGCCGGCACGUCGGCCUUGAUCGCUAACACUGUGUUCCAAGUGCUGUACGGGCGGCUGUCGGACCUCUUCGGGCGCAAGGUCGUCUUCAUCUCGGCGUUGGUGCUCCUGAGCAUCAGUGACCUCCUCUGCGGCCUGUCCGUAAACCCGACCAUGCUGUACGUGUUCCGCGCACUGGCAGGCGUCGCGGGCGGAGGCAUCACCAGCCUCACGAUGAUGAUCGUAAGCGACAUCGUGUCGCUCGAGAAGCGCGGGCGCUACCAAGGCAUCCUGGGCUCGAUGAUCGGCCUAGGCAACCUGCUGGGCCCUCUGCUCGGCGCGACAUUCUCGCAGCUCGCCACCUGGCGCGCCCUGUACUACCUGCUGUGCCCGAUCGCGGCGCUCUGCGGCGUGCUGAGCUGCUGGAAAGUGCCCUCGACCAUGCGCUGCAGCGACUACAGGGCCGUGGUCAAGAAAAUCGACUUUUACGGCCUCGUCACCGGCUCGCUGGCUGUCAUAUGCAUCCUCAUUCCCGUGUCGGGCGGCGGCUCGUACUUUGACUGGGGCUCGGCGUUCACCAUCGCCAUGCUGACGAUUGGGGGGCUCUGCGCUGUGGCCUUCGUGCUCGUCGAGUGGAAAGUCGCUGCCCUGCCCAUGCUACCGCUCUCGCUCUUCCAUUCCGUCCCCGUCGCAACAAUGCUGCUGCAAAACUUCCUCUUCGGCUACGCCUUCUACGCCUACAUCUACCACCUGCCACUGUUCUUCCAAAAUGCCCUCGGCCACACGCCGCUGCAAUCCGCCCUCUUCGUCUUCCCCCUCGUCAUCGCCCACGCCCUCUGCUCCUCCCUCUCCGGCUGGUACAUCUCGGCCCGUAACCGCUACAUCGAGGUCCUCUGGGCGGGCUUCGCGCUCUGGACCCUCGCCGCCGCACUCAUCACGCUGUUCGACCGCGCCCUGGCUCCCGCGGCUAUGCUGCCCGUGCUCGCGCUGUGCGGCGCUGGCGUGGGAUUGGUGUUUCAGCCUACGCUCGUCGCGUUGCAGGCGCAUUCGCCAAAGAAACAUCGCGCGGUUGUUAUUGCUGCGCGCAACUUUCUGCGCAGCUUGGGCGGCGCGGUCGGGCUUGCGGCGGAGGCGGCAGUGCUGCAGAAGGCGCUGCGUGAUAAGCUGCCCGCCCCGUAUAAGGCGCUCGCGAGCAGUGCGUUUGCGGCGCCGGAGUGGGGUGGUGGUGGUGGAGGGGUUUAUGGGGGCGUUGGAGUCAAGUUUGAGGAUGAAGAUGAGGUCAGAGACGCGUAUGCCAAGGCGAGUCGCGCGGUUUUUGUCUCGCUGGUGCCGUUUUUGGCAGCGUGUUUGCUGGGGUGCGCGUUGGUGCGAGAUUGUGGCCUUCUAGGUAGCUGUAUUUAA